UGCUGAGGAAGACUGGCCCUGAGCUAACAUCCAUGCUCAUCUUCCCCCACUUUAUGUGGGACGCCGCCACAGCAUGGCCUGACAAGCGGUGCAUCAGUAUGUGCCCGGGAUCCGAACCCGGGCCGCUAGCAGCAGAGCGCGCGCACUUAACCGCUAUGCCACAGGGCCGGUCCAAGAAACUAGUGUUAAACUAAUAAUUUUAUCACCAUAAAUUCACCUAUAAACUUCAGUAGUAUAAGUAAAACCAUCCAAGCCUCCUGUGUAGACCAUCCAGAGCCGCCUCCAGGGCAGGGCAUACACAAUAAUAAAAGUUAACGUGUAACUGAAUUAGCUCAUUAACCCUCACAGCAUCCCUAUGACGUGACUAUUUUAUUAUCCCCAUAAUAUAGGUGGGGAAACUGAGGCCUAGGGCAGUUAAGUAACACCCAAAGUCACACAUAGAAAAUAGUAGGGACCAUUCAAUUAAUCACUAUACUGAUUACCAUUCAUGCUCAAACAACAUUUACUGAAUGAGUUAAUGUUUUCAAUUUCCAAAUAAGCAUAAUGGUAUGUUCCUUAACUGUCCUCUGAAGGGUUUCAUGAGCUUGAUUGCACAUAAUGCUGUACAAGUGUACUGGCUACUGCUCUAUGGAAGGUUCCGGGUUCAAUUUUGACAUCACUCUGAGCGGCAAAGGCAUACAAUAUACAUAUAUAACAUUACUUUUCAAUUUAACUCUUGUAGUAUCCUAACAAAGGUGCUUAUCUGAUUUCUGUAGCUGUUUGAAAGGCAGGAGCAAAUUUGGUGAGCUGUUGAGGAAGGAUUAGACCUGGCAGAUGAUGAAUCAGUGUGCCUGUGACAUUUGUGAGACAUGGUGCUAGGAUUUACCUUACUAUCUGCAGAGCCCAUCCUCAAAGCCACCAAGCCUCUGACAUUAGUCAAGAUCUCUACACACCAGUUUGUUCCUAGGACAAGGUGGCUCUUAGGCUCGCGGCUUCAGUAACUCAGGUGAUUUUGAAAAAUGCAUUAAGCUCUUCUGAAAUCUAACAACCUUGUUGCAAGCUCAUGUUAUAGAGAAGGGAGCCCUGAGGAAAGAGGCCCUCAAGGCUUUUGCCAGUGAUGUCUGAGAAGCUGCUCAUAGUCGCAAGCACUUGAAAGUUGAAAUAUAGCCAAGAAAGUGCACACAGUACUUACCCUAACUUCUUUUUAGUGAGAUAUGAUUACAUUAACAUGAAACCUUAUGAUUUUCCCAUGACUUGCAGUUUUCAAAACCCAAAUAUCUGCAGACGAGCCCACCAACUUCCUCUUGCUUUUGGUGGACUCCCAGCUGUGGAAACCUGCUGGUUAUUUGCUGCUGUUUCACUUCCCUCUGUAGAGGAGGCAGGUCCAUUCUCCUCAGGGCCAAGUCUGGACUCAGCUGACUUCUGCACUCGGCUGACUCCUCUGGUCAACUCCAGCUCCUGGGUGAGAUGGUUGCCUGGUUUCCUCUACCAGGCUGGUAGGAAGUUGAUCUGCAGACACAGGGCAGGGCAGAAAUGAGUGCCUUUAUUUGGUAGGCCUCGGGCCACCAGAGCUGCCCGAAAGUACUAGCAGGGUGAUUGAUAGUGGCUGUUUCAUAGCCUGACUAAACCUUCUUUCAACCACAAUCACCCCAGAAUAGCCUGCUGCCAGGAAGCGAGCCCUGGUGGGGUGGGCGGCGCCUGCGACGGGCCUCGGGAUGCUCUCCACGGCACCAGCCUGGGUUUCGGUUCCCUGCGAGCGCUGGGCUCGCGCUGGGUCACGUGAGGCGGCCCGCCUGCGGUUCCCGUGGCAACGCCAAUCCCCGGCCACUCCGGGCCUCGCAAGUGCCGGCACUCGCUCGCCCCGGGCUUGAAGGAGCAGGGCAAGGCGGGGCGGCGGGAGGUAGCGGGCCGGCCCGGCCAUGCUUCGCGGCCCUCGGCGCCCGCUCUGGCUCUGCCUCUGCCUCUGCCUCCUACUGCUGCUGCUCCUGCCGGGCGCGCCGGGACACCGCGGCGACGCGGGGCCGAGGAACAAGAAGGCAGGCUCCGGACGGCCCUGGCCGGCCUUCCAGGGCCUGCAAGAGCGGCUGAGGGCGGCCGGCGCCCUCUCCAGACGGUACUGGGCGCUCUUCAGCUGCCGCGUGUGGCCCGAGAACUGUGAGGAGGACGAGGAGGCGCUCGCGGGGACCUUGGGCUGGGGCCUUCCCCUGUUGGGCCAGCAGUACCUGGAUAUCCUGACCACGUGGUACUGCAGUUUCCAGGACUGCUGUGACAGUGGGGACUGCAGGAUCUCCAACAACUUCACAGGCUUAAAAUCGGACCUGAGUGUGCGACUGCACGGCCAGCAUCUGGCCGGGGAGCUGAUCCUGAGAACAGUGAGGGGCUACUUAGAGCUGCCCCGGCCAGACAAGGCCCUGGUUCUGUCGUUCCACGGCUGGUCUGGCACAGGCAAGAACUUCGUGGCGCGGAUGCUGGCGGAGAACCUGUACCGGGAUGGACUGAGGAGCGACUGUGUGAAGGUGUUCAUCGCCACGUUCCACUUUCCUCACCCCAAGUUUGUGGACCUGUACAAGGAGCGGCUGACAGGCCAGAUCAGGGAGACGCAGGAGCGCUGCCGCCAGACGCUGUUCAUUUUCGAUGAGGCCGAGAAGCUGCACCCAGAACUGCUAGAGGCCCUCAGGCCACACCUGGGACGCCAGGCUCCCGAAAACUACAAGGCCCAGUCCCUGAGAACCAUCUUUCUUUUUCUCAGUAACCUUGGGAGCAAUAUCAUCAAUGAGGAGGUCCUGAAUCUGCUUAAAGCUGGAUGGUUGAGAGAAGAAAUUACACUGGAACACUUGGAGCCCCGCCUCCAGGCCCAGAUUGUCGAGUCCACAGACAGUGCCUUUGGCCACAGCUGUCUUGUGAAGGAAAACCUGAUCGACUUCUUCGUCCCCUUCCUGCCACUGGAGUACCGUCAUGUGAGGCUGUGUGCACGUGAUGCCUUCCUGAGCCAGGAGCUCCUAUAUACAGAAGAGGCACUGGAUGAAAUUGCCAAGAUGAUGGUGUAUGUCCCUAAGGAGGAACAGCUCUUCUCUUCUCAGGGAUGCAAAUCUAUUUCCCAGAGAAUUAAUUAUUUCCUGCCUUGAGAGCUUGAAGAAAACUUCUGGAGGCUGCCUUCCUUCCACUAACAGGACCCUGGGGCCUGUCAGCACACUGUCCGGGACUGUAAGGGUGGGAGGGGCAGGCUGGCAUCCAGCAGUCACUAACACACAAGUGGUGUGUAAAAGAAAGGCCUUAAAUCAGCAGCAGAGCCAAUUCUUAAAAUCACUUGGUGCCUUAAAGAGCCACAUUCCAAAAUGUGGGCUAGGUGGUUGGAGAAAGCCACAUGGGAGAUAAACAAAUCCCAAGGGCUUAUUAGCGUCUCAGCUCUUGCCUGCAGAUGCCUGGACUUGGGUGUUAGGCCUGAAGUUGCAGGAUCCUCAGUGACAAGGAAGGGAAAAAUGAAGUUCUGUUUACCAGUGGCAGGGGGUACACCUCGGGUUUGAAGCGGGGGCAGGUGAGCUUUCAAGUUGUUAUUCCCAGAGGGAAGCUGAGCAGCUUCUGUGAGCAGAUCGGCCAAGAGCCUCAGGCUGAAGGAAAAAGUACACAAAGGAAGAAUUUUUCAAAAAAAAAAAUCAUGUCAGGGUAGGCUAAGACAUGAUUUAAAUCUACUCUGCAGAUUAAAAAAAAUUUUUAAGUUAGGAGCCUUGACAUGACUGUGUCAUAUGUAAAGAUUAAAAUCUGUAUUUUUCUAAAA